AUGUCCUCCCACUCGACCUCGCGUGACUCCGUCAUCAAGCACCAGCCUACCCCCGUAGCCCCGCCAGAGCCCACCACCGCGACUUCUGGCAGGCGUGCAGCCUUCCGUGCGAGCGCGUCCCACAUCUACGACAGGGUCACCACCCGCCAUGGCUGGCUCGGCGACUACGACUACGCCUGGCUCUGCUUGCCCACUCUCCCCUUCUCCCUCCCCGGUCGCUUCAAGGGAAAGAAGAGACAAGUCGGCCCGCCCUUCUACGCCCUCGAGAGCGAGCUCCCCAUCCUGGUGGCCAUGACCACAGGCUUGCAGCACGCUCUCGCCAUGUUGGCCGGCCUCAUCACCCCGCCCAUCAUCUUCGCCAGCAGCCUCAGUCUCGACGGCGAGACCAGCGCGUACAUGAUCUCCGCAAGUCUCAUCGGAUGUGGCAUCCUCAGUCUCGUCCAGAUGUCGCGCAUCCACCUCUGGCGCAACUUCUACCUCGGCACCGGUCUCCUCUCCGUCGUCGGUACCAGCUUUUCCACCCUCAGCACCGCUUCCUCCGUGUUCGACAAUAUGUACGCCGACGGCACAUGCCCCACCACCACUGCCGCUGACGGCACCGUAACGCGUCUCGCCUGCCCCGACGCCUACGGUUACAUCCUCGGCACCUCGCUCAUCUGCUCCUUCCUCGAGAUAUUCAUGGCCUUCGUCCCCCCGCGCACCCUCAAGCGCAUCUUCCCCCCUAUGGUCACCGGCACCGUCAUCCUCCUCAUCGGCGCGUCCCUCAUCGGCUCCUCCGGCAUCCCCAACUGGGGCGGCGGCUCCAACUGCGAGGGCCGCCCCACCACCGGCGACUACGUCUACUGCCCGUCCAACUCCGCGCCCCGGCCCGCUCUGUGGGGCAGCCCCGAGAUGAUCGGCCUCGGCUUCCUCUCGUUCGUCUCGAUCAUCCUCACCGAGCUCUUCGGCUCGCCCUUCCUCAAGAACAUCUCCAUCAUCGUCGGCCUCGCCAUUGGCUGCAUCGUCGCCGGCGCCACGGGCUACAUCGACGGCUCCUCGAUCACAUCCGCGCCUGGGAUCACGUUCUUGUGGGUGAAGACGUUCAGGAUCCGGGUGUACCCGCCCGCGAUUCUGCCCAUGCUGGCGGUGUACAGCGAUUGGAGACGUGACGGCCUCUGCAGAGUAUCCCGUGUCGCCGUCGACGGCGAGGAGUUCGACUCUCGGAUCCAAGGCGGUGUCCUGAGCGACGGCCUCGGCGGGUUCAUGUCCGCGCUGUUCACCGUCGCGCCGCUCUCGCUCUUCGCGCAGAACAACGGCGUCAUCGCCGAACGCGGGCGGUGGUGCUGCUUCUUCCUCAUCCUCUUCGGCGUCCUCGGCAAGAUCUCCGGCGUCUUCCUCGCGAUCCCGAACCCCGUCCUCGGCGGCGUGACGACGUUCCUGUUCGCGUCCGUCGCGGUCUCGGGGGUGCGCGUGCUCGCGUACAACCGCUUCACGCGGCGGGACCGCUUCGUGCUCGCCGCGGCGCUCUCCUUCGGGCUCGGGGACAUCCUCGUGGCCGACUUCCUCACGUACCUCUUCGCGGGCGUGCGCACGAACAACAAGGGCCUGCAGGGCUUCCUCGACAGCAUCACGAUCGUGAUCAGCACGCCUUGCCUGAUCGCGGUGCUCCUCAACUUGAUCCUCCCGCAGGAGGAUGAUCAGAACGGGGACGACGACGACGUCAUCGAGCGCGGCAUCGAGCGCGAGGUCGUGCACGUCGAGGCGGCGGAGCGCGGGCACGACGAGAAGAAGAUGUAG